AAGCCAGAUAGAAAGUGAGAAUUAUAGCUUUCACAAAUAGCAAAAAACCCGCUGGUCGGUGCUAGCGAAUAGCAAUCUCUCUCUCUCUUUCUCUAACUUUCUCUCUCUAAAAUUUGUGCAAAAACAUUUGGUGGGAAUCGAAAUCUGAGGGAUCGGAGAGAAGACCAUGAAUCGCCACCACGACCCUAACCCAUUUGACGAAGAAGAAGAAGUAGUUAAUCCCUUUUCGAAUGGUGGAUCAAAGGCUCGUGUUCCAGCGGCAUCUGAAUCCUUAGGCUUUGGGCAGAAACAUGAUGCAACAGUUGAUAUUCCGUUGGAUACAUUGAAUGAUUCCAAUAAAAAGGCAAAAGAGCUUGCUUCUUGGGAAGCAGAUCUUAAAAGGAGAGAAAAGGAUAUAAAACGAAGAGAAGAGGCUAUUUCUAAAGCUGCUGUUCCUAGUGAUGAUAAAAAUUGGCCUCCAUUUUUUCCUAUUAUCCAUCAUGAUAUAGCCAAUGAAAUACCAGUUCAUGCUCAAAAGCUGCAGUACUUGGCUUUUGCAAGUUGGUUAGGUAUAGUUCUUUGCCUUGUUUUUAAUGUAAUUGCAGUGAUGGUGUGUUGGAUUAGAGGUGGAGGUGUUAAAAUAUUUUUCCUUGCUACAAUCUAUGCUCUUCUUGGAUGUCCUAUUUCGUAUGUAUUGUGGUACAGGCCUCUUUACCGUGCAAUGAGGACGGAUAGUGCUCUGAAGUUUGGCUGGUUUUUCUUUUUCUACUUGAUCCACAUCGGAUUUUGCAUUUUUGCUGCCAUUGCUCCUCCAAUUGUCUUUCAUGGAAAGUCGUUGACUGGCAUACUGGCAGCAAUUGAUGUCUUCUCUGACCAUGUCUUGGUUGGGAUAUUCUACUUAGUUGGGUUUGGGUUGUUUUGCCUAGAGUCACUUCUGAGCUUGUGGGUACUUCAGAAAAUAUACAUGUAUUUCAGGGGGAACAAGUGAGUUCUGAUACAGGUUGCGGUAUCAUUUCGAUUUGUUGUGUUAUUGGCAUUUCACGGUGUAGUAGUAUAUUCUAUGCUAAAUAUGUAUUGAGAAGCCAUGUUUUCGCAUAUAUUAGAAAACUCUAUUUUCUUUUU